GAAUCGCGGCCUUCGGGAAGCAAGGCUCAAAACAGGUUUUGCAUUGUGGCAGCAAUUGCAAUAGAACGCGGCGAUCAGCCACGACAGAUCAUAUUUGAGGCCUCGUCGAAUACGUGUCGACCGGUCUGAGGCCACUGCUGCUGCCAGGCAACUCUCGGAAAGCGCUGCCAGCAAGAUGCCAAAGGCAUCCUCACUGCUGCUGCUGCUGCACGCCGCCGCCGCGCUGUGGAGCAAAACCGACUGGCGCACCAUGUUCCGCACGGCCAGCGAGUGCCCGCGACGCACGCCGCUCGACGUCGUGCACGGUGCCAUUCCCGCAGCGCUGCGCGGCACGGCCUACAAGGUCGGUCCGGGAAGAUUUGGCGUCGGCAGCGAGGAUUACGCACACUGGCUCGACGGCGACGGCUACGUCUUCGCGCUGGAUUUCGCCGACGGCGGCGCUACAUACUGCGCACGCUUCGUGGAGACGGCCGGCUACGUCGAGGAGCAGGAGAAGAUCACAUGGAGGACCACGUUCGGAACGCAAAGGCCGGGCGGCCCGCUGGCGAACGCCUUCGACCUGAAACUCAAGAAUCCAGCAAACACGAACGUGUUGGCAAUCCCGGGCCGCGACCGCGUCCUGGCGCUGUGGGAAGCGGGCGCGCCGCACGCCCUCGACAUGGAGACACUUCACACAGUAGGCGUCGACUCGCUGGACGAGAGAGUCGUCCCGGGACCACCCGGCGCGCUCCCGCUAGACCUGCCGCUGCCCUUCACGGGAGACGCCGUGAGCGCGCACUACGCCGCGUGCGCGACGACGAAGCAGACCGUGGCGUGGUCGUGGCGACGGCCCGCGUUGGGCGACGACCUCUUCGUGAAGCUCCACGAGCUCUCGGACGUCAGCGGCCACGCCGAGGGCGGCGUCGAUGGCGUCCUCGAGGGCGUGUCGUUCGCGCCCCAUGAUAUAGGAGCGACGCCCACCCGUGCUUGUUUCUUAGCCGCACCGGCGCGAGGUCAGCGUCGACAUUCACGCCAUCGCCGCGGCUCAUAUUCACACGCAGGCAAGCGUCGAGGUGCUGGGCUACGUCCUGGGCUUCCGCGGCCCGGCACAGGGCGUGUUCUUCGACGACAAGCGAAUACGCGCGGGAGAGGGCACGACGCUCCAUGCCCUCGACCGCAGAAACGGCGGAACGGCGGAGCGGUACGUGUGCCCCGACGCGCACGACGCAGCGUCGGAAUCAACGCGUCGAUGGCGUCAGACAUGUCCACGCAGGUACCAUCCUAUUCACGUCGCCAACGCCUGGGACGACGAGACAUCGGGCUGCCCGUCCAUGAUCGCGGCGUGCUGGCCUCCAGACUGCGUCAACGCGAUGGCGUCCGAACGACGGGACAUCCUCGGCGACUGGGCACCGCUCCUCGGCGGCGAUUUUUCGGGAGCUGCGGUGACGCAGCUCGUGUCGUUUAGCGGCCACGGCGGCGGCGCGAGGGCGCGCGUGCUGUGUAGCGGUGCGCAUUUGGACCACUGUAAGGUGCACCCGGCCGCCGGUGGCCUCGAGAACAAAUUCGUCUACGCCUCCGCCGGCGCCGCCGUCGCGCGUGGUGACAUCAAUGACCUCACUUAUGCUGCACCGCAACCGCCCCAGGCGUUCGUCCGCGUCGACGUAUCUGAGGAUGCCGUCGUCGAUUCGUGGUUCUGCGGCGAGCGGCGGUUCACGGACGACGCGGUGCUCGCGGCAACAGGGGAGGACGAGACUGAUGCCUAUCUUAUAGCGCCGGUCUACGAUGCCGCGACGCAGCGGUCUACGAUUAUAGUGCUCGACUGCGGUGACCUCGCCGCGGGACCGGUCUGCGAGCUCGCCCUGCCCGACGACGCGCCAUUUAUCCCGUGGGGCCUACAUGGCGCCUGGAGCCCCGCAGCGAACGGUGCUACCCGCGCCACCGAGCAUGUAUGAAUACCCACGCCGCCGAGCAAAAUGAAAAAAAAA